AGGUUAAAAUGGAUCGCACGAAAACAUCAGUUAACAAUUGAUAACAUGAAUGAAGCGUUAUGUUAAUCGUUAACAAUCCAGACGGCGAAUCUCUAAUCGAGCGGCCACAAUGGUUUCAACAUUUUGAACAAAUUGUCUGUUAUGUCAACUGAGCAUGAAGAUUUGCUGCAACCAGGUGCAGUAAUUAAAGAGCGAUGGCAAAUAAUAGAGAAGAUCGGAGGUGGAGGAUUCGGCGAAAUCUACCGGGCGCUAGAUGGCAACACCAAGGAAAUCGUGGCGGUGAAGCUAGAGAGUGCCAAGCAGGCCAAACAAGUUCUGAAGAUGGAGGUGGCAGUGCUGAAGAAACUGCAGGGAAGGGACCACGUCUGUCAGUUCAUAGGUUGUGGACGAAACGAGUUCUUCAACUACGUGUUCAUGUCACUGCAAGGGAGAAAUUUAGCCGACCUUCGUCGAAGUCAACCCAAAGGCUGCUUCACCACUCACACCACAAUGCGACUUCUAUACCAAAUGACGCACGCUAUAGAGAGUGUACACGACAUAGGAUUUCUUCACCGAGAUAUUAAACCGUCUAAUUUUGCAAUGGGCGGGUCCCCGACUAACAAGCACAAAGUGUUCAUCCUGGAUUUUGGUCUGGCAAGGCAGUAUACAACGGCUAAUGGGCAGCUGAGACAACCUAGGUCCACUGCGGGAUUCAGAGGAACUGUGAGGUAUGCCUCUAUGAAUGCACACAACAACAAAGAGAUGGGAAGACACGAUGACUUGUGGUCUCUAUUCUACAUGAUUGUCGAGUUCGUCACAGGUUCCCUUCCAUGGCGUAAGUUCAAACAGAAGGAGCAGGUGGGAAAGGAGAAGGAAAAGUAUGACCACAAGCGGUUCCUAGAACACCUGCCACAAGAGAUGACCACCUUCUACAACCACAUAACACUACUCCAAUACGAGACCAAACCAGACUACCAGCUUCUGAAGAGCAGCUGCAAAUCAUAUCUGGAUCGCUUCUGCCUCCGAGAUGAAGACCCUUACGACUGGGAGGUACCCGGAUCUCCGGACUCCAGAGCCCAACAGUCAAUCGAGAACCAGAAACCCAGCGGAUCCGCCCUCAACCCAGAUCAGAAAAGCACUGGAGUCGCUGACAACAGUUUUGGUGGUGCAGAUAAGAAGAUGGCUUUUACUUCAUCGGGCCACGUUCCCUUGCCAACUGGGGCGACUAGCGAAAAGAUCAAAAUGAAACAACUUAAAGUGAAACCCUCGCCUCAUUUGAACUCAGCAGGUAUUGAUAUUGAUUCACCACCAGGUCAAGAUCAAAAUUAUCCAGAAAGUCAGGGUCAGAGCAACGUUGCAGGGGGUUCAGGCAUGACAACUGGGCAAAACCAACCUCAACUUAGAGCACCGAUUGUAGGAUCCUCGAACGCGGGUAGCUCCGGAGGACCUUCAGGGGGUUUCUUGUUGCCAAACAAAGCUUCGAUGUUGUCGAAAAGUAACAACGAUGGUACUAACCAGCCUCCGAAUCUGAGCACUACAGGUGUCGGAGGCAUGACCUUUACACAUACGAAGAAGCUGAGCCGGGGCAAUGAUUUAAGUGGUGGUUUAUCUUUGUUAAAUGUGAAUAACAAUAAAAGUGUGUACUACGCGGAUAGUCGAAUAGCGGAUAAAGAUACAUGUGCAGUUAUGGAAGUGAGGCAUUCUGAAAUGGAGGGAAUGACUCAUGCUGCUUAUCUGGACGGGGAGGAAGGCAAUCUUAGCCGUGAUUACCUUCAAGAAGAGAAAGAAGAACAAAAAAACGAUUCAAUUGAUGUUUCGAAACACCUGCAAGACGAUGACGAGGAUCCGGACUGUAUCGAGAACAAUGCCGGCCGUGAAAGUCUUGGAAACGGCCAAGGAUCCCCGCACCUUAAUGCCGAUGAUUUGGAUAAGUCAAAUGGAGUGAUUUCGAAUAAGUUUGCUCUUGCGGAUAACGAAGAUGACAAUGGAAGUAACCAGUUUGUAGAGCCAGGUUUAGUCAAGAUAGGAACGAAUAAAGAUGACAUGCAGUUGACUGUGUUGACUAACAACUACGCAGAUUCGAAACUGUCUCCAAACGUGCCUUACCCGAACUUCUUGAACAAAAUACCCGCCACUUCGCCCCUCUCAGGUACCUCAGAUAAAACAAAGUUGACCUCAAAUAACCCAGACCCACCACUCCUCUCUGACGUCAUCAGAAACAAUCAGGAAGAAGGGGGUGUUGUUGAUUUCCAUAACGACAAAGUGCAAGAUCAUACCACAACAACUCCUGGAUAUGAUUUCGAACAUCAAUCGUCGGGACUGUUGAAACCAGCAACACCUCCAAUUGACGUUGAUUCUGCGGUAACACCUCCUGACGAUAAUACGUCUCAAAAUAGAAACCAAUUUUCAAACGAGAAACAAAAAGCGGAACGUGAAAGUAAGCAGUUUGCAGAAUCAUUGAAUUCAGCUUCAAAGUUCAGCUCAAAAUUAGAUUCUAAAGAGCAGAAAACAAGCUCAGCCUACUCGGGUUUAACAAGCAGUGGUAGGGCCAAGCCUAGAAUUCCAACUCCGGUUCCAAAGAAGCCUGGAACCGAUUUUGGCAACUUGUUCAAGCAGCUGAAAAGUGGUCGGAAAAAAUCUGCAGAUAAACCAAGAGGGUCGAUUAAGGCUCUGAACCCGCAAGUUAAACAACAGCCCCAUGAAAAAGUGCAAAGUAAUGAGAACUUGAAUAACCCUGAAAAUAAAUCAAGUGGCGGAUCCUCGCAAGUGCCUCACAGGUUGGAGAAAAAAGCAAGACGCCAAUUGCCGCAAGUGCCCCCGGCCCGUGCCCAAAGCAUGGAUAAUUUAGACUCCGCCCCCAAUUUGAUUGACCCUCCGAGUAAAAACCAAGAGCACUACAAGUCAGUGCGAGACGCUGUUAAACAUUUCGAAUCGAUCACUGACCAAGAAGGCGACAGUGGUAUCAACUUAGUGUCUUCAAUUCCUUUAGAAAGUACGACUGCCAGGCCCUUGCCAGGUGUAAAAGAGCAUCAACAAAGAACCUACUCAUUAGGAAGUGCACAAUCGCACGGAAAUUUAGUCGAAAUCAAACCUCUUUUUAACGUCAGCAGUGAUAAUUUAAGCUCGAAUGAUCGCGAAAGUGCAAACAGUACUAAACCUACAGGCGGCACGAUAUCAUUUCGCGACCGGAUUAAUAAUCUUCGUCAAGAUAUGAACGGUGUCAAAACUAGUUUGUCAAGUUUGACGGGAGGAGGUAAUAAUGUAGAUGCGAAGCAAUCCCCGCAACAAUUGAGCAAUGCCUCUGAAGGUUCCCAGGUGUCCUCGGCAACAACGAGUAAAAAUACAAAUCAGCAACGCAGGCCUUUAAACGUCGGCAAGCGAUUAAGUCUAACGAACGCACUUGCUCAGGAUGUUGACAAACAACCGUUAGUAUCUAAUCAACCGAAAAAUACCUCAACAGUGCUGCCGUAUAGUAAAGAUACCCCCUCGAGUCCCCUAUCAAAUACCGCAUCAGGGCAAGAAGCUUCAAAUACUUCCAGAAAAACUUCCGGCGUUGGUUUGAAAUUGUACAACAGAAUGCCUUCAGACGCUGUGAUGCAUAAAAUGGAGAAGGAUUUGACAAGGUUGAAUCUGAUUAGUAAUAAUUCGAACACACAGCAAGGAGGUUCGAAUCCCACUGCGGUCCAAAAAAGUGAGAUGUCGGAUUUUAAAUCGGAUGCGAAAACUUCGACAACAAAUUACUCCAGCAGUUUUCUGGCUAAGAGAGAGGUGAGUCGAAGAAUCAAGCACGAAACAGACUCGGGUUAUGUUUCAAAAGACACGAACAAAUCCGACUUCGAACCGUCGACGAAUGAAAAGUCACGAGACGAACACAAAAGUAGGAAUAAUAAAGAAACGAUUUCUCCGACCAUGGGAAUCGGAGCGAGUGUGUCGUCCAAAUUAACAACUGCAAAUCAUUCCAAUCGUAACACUACCUCUAGCUAUACUACCAAUACAUCAGCUGCUCAGAAAGCAAACGCGCCAUUAUACAUGAACAUAAGUAGUGAAAUGAAAAAUGUUGGAAAUGCAGGAACAAGCGAUCUGCUAGAGAGUUACUAUCAUCAUCAUAAUCCUCAUCAAAACCAGAAUAAUGCCAAUGAGUUUAAUGUAGUUAAUUUGGUUAGUAGUAGUACUAACCAGGAAUACCAGAAACAGCAGCGACAACAACAACAAACACAGAACCAGGGUUUAGCCCAACGGGUGGGAGAGAGCAACAACAACAACAACAACAUCAACCAAGGUCAAAGAUCGGCAGCAGUGCCUUCGCAACCAGCGGAAAAUUCCCAAUAUCAUCACGUUAUCAGAACAAGCAGCAGCCAGAGCAAGAGCAAAGGAGACUUACUUCGGCAACCAGAGUGUACAAACCACAUCAGCAGUUCAACACUAGUGGCCAACAACAACAGAGGGCACAACGGAACAAUAUCCAGAGAACUAUCGCCUCGUCCAAACUCAAUGCAGCUCAACAACAAUCGCAGUCAGAGGUCGACUUCUUCUGAUCCAAAUGCCAACCAUAAAUCAUCUGAAAGGUCUCCUAAAAGUGGAAAAGAGUUUUCCAGUGAGGUAUUAGUCAGCAGAAACCAACUCAUGGCGACUAACUGGAACUUGAAUCUGGACGACAGUGUUGAAAAUUUUCUAGACGAAAGUCAGAAAAUUACAGCAACGACGCCAAUAGGUAGAACAGUUACUAGUUAUAACUACUUCAAGUUAGCACCUCAGGAUAAUAACUACUCGAAUAACAGCAGUAGUGCGUCCAAAAGUGAAAGGAGACUCAAACCUGAUUCUUCUUCUGCGAUGCUUAAUGGACAUGACUCGGUGAAAGAUCACGAGAAGAGUUUGGAGGAUUUUAUGACUACUUCGGAAACUGGAGGUAAAGGAGGUAACUUGGAGGGAGUUGGCUCCGAGGCAGCGACUGACAAGUACUCCAAGUCAUGGGGCUCAGGACAGAAUGGGAUGUUGAAGAAACUGAGGGUGAAGUUCGGACACGCCACACAGAACGACACGGAUAACCAGAAUGCGGCAUCUGAUUCUCCUCGCAAAAGCAGAUCAAAAAGCAUAGGCAGUAUCGACAUCUGUGGUCUGAACAACUCCAAAGGCAGUCCUCUGAAACUAGUCGAUAGUCCUCGGAAGUCGGCGCGGACUCCCAGGUCAACGACCCAAAGUAGUUUUAAAUCCAUCCUGGAGCAAGCUGAAGAUCUUGUGGAUAAAAGUAAAGAACAGGACAACACAAGAAGUGAUGUGAAUGGGAAUUUUGAAACUGGCCGAAAAUUGACCGAAAAUUAUACUGAAGACUCCUCGUCUUCUUUUCUCCCCCGCUCUCCCCCACCCGUAAACAAAGUGACAUCCAGCAAACCACCCUACAAAACGAGUUCGAUAACAUCUCAGAACUACGUAACGUCUCCAAGGUCGGCAAGGAUAUCGGACUCCAUCAUCGGUACGACUCCAACAUCAACAAGGGCUUUGGACUCCAACGUCGGCACGACUCCAACAUCAGUACGGGUUUCGGACUCCAACGUCGACAAGAACUUCGCGAGUGAUGUGGAAGACUCCAACCUAGCAAAACAGACGCAAUCAGUAGGGUUCAGUGACUCAACAAGGGCUUAUGCAUACCCGAAAGCUCCUCUGGCGGCCCUAGAAGGAGAUAUUUCAUGGUGCAGUCAAUCAAAUAAUACGACGACGAAUUCUGCAAGAAAUCAGCAGCAAUCUUCUCAAAAACAGACUGACGAUGCAAUCAACAAUAAUAGUUUCAGUGCGACAAGUAAUGCACUGCCACGACCGCCCUCGGAACCACCGAAGUCGCCCAAGACGCCGAGUAAAAACAAAAACGUCAGGCGACGACGCUAUCUGCUAGGCGGAAAAUCCGACUAACUUGAGAGAAUUCUAAGUGCCAACCCGCCAUCUCGCUUUCACCCCCUUUCGCCAAUCCAAGAAGUUUACCUAAUCAUUAUGAGGGCAAUAUUAGUUCAGUUACCGAAAGGCAUUGGUCAGACGCAAAACACGAACCAAGAUUCAAAGAAUCCGGAAUUUUGUGAGCUUUAAAUGUAAAAUCGGAGAUUCAUUGCUAUUGUAGCAAAACUGGAGAAGCAUCAGCUGGUUUCAAAAUCGAUGGUUUCAGCGUUAGCUUUGAAAAUUUCUGAAUCUAAAAAACUUGGUUGUGGUUCCCUAAAAAUUCCUUAAAAUUUAGAAGUAAAAAUUGAUUUUUUUUUCAAACAUUUCGUUCCAUUUAUAUCAUUCUGGUGCUACUAUAUCGAAUGUAUUAUUGUGCGAGAUUUAUACAAAAAACACUCCCUAAUUUGGGUUGUAAUAGGCGUAGAAAAUUGGGUUGUUUCUCAUUGGUUCGCUAAAAUUGCUGGGAUUUUUCGUGUUAUAUUUGACCUCACUCGAACUUCUGCUUGUUUGCAAAUAUUCAACUUUGUGCUUUAGUUAAUCAAAUUUUGCUAAUUUGAAUUGUUUUGUCGCGCCUUAGGUAGUGGUCGAUCUUAUUUUGAAGCAAAGCAGUUCAAUCGCUCAUUUUUGUUUGAUUCAAGAAAAUAGCAUGUAAAACGUCGAGAUAGUUUCUGUUUUGGGUUCCAAGUUUUGCUUUUGAAAAUAGCUUAUGUUUGAUCGGAUUUAAUGAAUUCAGACAAAAUUGUGUUGAAACAGUUUUCCAUUAUCGGGUCGUUAAACAGAAACCUCGAUUGUCAUUUUCUAACUAUUUCUGUUCAAAUUCGGGCUCAAGUAUUUCGAAAUUGUCGGUUUUAUGCAAAUUUCGAACUAUCUUGUUUUUGCAAACCCAUUAAAUUGUAUCAUUAGUUUAAAGAUCUGAAGUUAGUGCGAAAUAGUGAUUCGUUUGUUAGAAAUCCGGAAUGCAAUGCAAUAAACCUAUGCUGAAACAUGUCGUAUCAUCACUGUAAAUAUCUUCUAAAAUUAUCCUCUGCUGUCUUAAUUAUAGGAACUGGGCCCAAUUGCGUUGAGUCUCACAAACGCGUUUUGUAAAACUAUCAAAAACCAUAAUCAGAGCAAGAUUUUUAUUGGCUGAAAAAAUCC